CUCUUCUCGGGUUUACGAAUGGCCUCCUGCGACACCAGGAAAGAUUUUACCUUUGUGAUUAUUGGAGGAGGCAUCUCUGGAGUGUCAUGUGUAGAAUACUUGUCAUCGUUAUGUUCAGAAGAAACAAUCGCUCUUAUAACAGCUACAGAUAUAGUCAAAGCGACUUGCAACCUUAAGAAGUUCGGCAGAACACUAGAGGAAUUCGAUGUGGAGGAGAGAUCAGCUUCUUUACUGUUUGAACAGAGUCCUAAUGUUGUAAGCAUACAGUCAGUUGUCGUUGGUGUUCACCCUCAAGGUGCGUAUGUAAGGUGAUAUUAGAAAAUAUAUCUACCUUCUAUGUGCAUUACAGUAAAACGUGUACUUAAUUUAACGUUUCAGUCCCAGCCACAUGUAAUUUUUAAACAGCUCUAUUUCUAUCCUUAACAUUAAUUAAGGAAGACCAAGUAAUAGAACAAGUUUGCUGUUCGUUUAUUCGUGGGUUUCCCUGUUGGUUUGAAUUUUGAGGUGAUAGGAUAAAACGCGGUUUUCAGUUACUAAAACAAGGAAUGACCCUAAAUGACCUAAAACGACUAAAAAUGACCUUUGGGGACCUCUAAAAUGUCCCAAAACGACCUAAAAUGACCUUGACUUUGCGGUGCUGACAAAAUCUGGAUCGGACUGGAUUGGACGGGAUUGGAUCAUGGAUGAGAUCUCAGACUAGAUCACGAAUCAGAUCAUGGACCAGAUCACAGAUCUGAUCUUGGAUCAUGGAUUGUAAAAUAAAAUGUAAAAUAAAAUUAGAAUUUUUGCGUGACAAGUCAAAAUAAAUUCUGUGUGACAAAAUAGAGUGUCGGUCCCUCUGGGAGUUUUUUUUCACCCAAAACCCCCAUUUAGUCACUUUCACAGCUGUGUCAAGGAGUGUUUUGUAGUGCCACCAUGGAUGAAGGCAUGCAAGAGGUAUGUAUCAUUUUAUCAUUAAGGUAAAUUUUUCGCUUUUCAAAAAACAUGUUAAAUAAAAUCCACAGUUAGUGCCACCAUGGAUGAGGUCCAAGAGGUAUGUAUCAUUUUAUCAUUUGCUUCCACAGUUGAGGCAGGUCCUCGGGCUUCCUCUAUUGCUGGCGCGUGAGGCAUGUUUGAAGCUGUAGUUCACAAAUUGGUUGACCUUAGUACUCCACAUUGCAAACUCAAGUCUUGGGUGCUAUUUGAGAUGCUAGACCUCCUAAUUGCUGCUCAGAUCAAAGACAAAUUAGGAAAAAUUUUGAAAAACCGUCUGAAUUUUUGACGAAACCCAAAAACCAAAUGCUAAACCAGGUAAAAUCUGCAAAUGGAAAUGAACAAUUAAAUCCAAUCCUGUCUGGUCCAAUCUAGAUUUUGUCGACACUGCAUUGUCCACAUAACUCAGGGUCGUAUUAGGUUAUUUUAUGUCAUUUUAGAAAUCACUCAAGGUCAUUUUAAGUCAUUUUAGGUCAUUUUAGGUCAAUCCUUGUUUAAUUGACUACCAAUAAAAUGCACACUCUUUCAAAUCCCUUCAUUUAUGACUUGCAUGUUAAUGUGUCAGGUUGAAUGAACUCUGUUGUUUAAUGAUCUAACAGUUUUUACUCAAUGAAAAUACGCUCAGUUAACAUAGCCUAAAACUAACAAGAUUGACUUUACCCUCAUAGGGAUCUGUGAUAGAGAGUUUGUCAAAAAAGAGAAAGAUUCCCUUUUUUUGUCCUUUUGAAAUGAGACUUUUUGUAGGUACUCUAUAUAAACAUUUCAUUGAAGUGUUACUAAUUUCAGCUCAAAUUGCUAUGCUGUUAAAAUUUAUUUUAUUUCUGAUUGUAUUUAUUAACUUUAGAGCACAGUAUUAUAACAGAGAGUGGUAACAAGUAUUACUACAAGAAGCUGUGCAUCUGUACAGGAGGAACACCCAACCUUAUCACCAGACAUCCUUGUGUUAUUGGCAUUAGAGAUACAGAGAGUGUAUUACAGUUAAAGAGUAAGCUUUCUCAGGCUCGUCGAGUAGCUAUUGUUGGAAAUGGGGGAAUAGCUUUAGAACUUGUGUAAGUUAGUUGAAAGAUCUACAAUUUUACUCUUUUGGCUUUGAAAUUAAUGUAUAAUUAUUACUCAUGAGUCAUCCUCAUAAUUUUUAAGUUUUCGUCAUUGUUAGUUAGCUUCAAGUACUGAGUUUUGCAUUCAAUCUCUCUUCUCUUUCCAGUGGCCUAUAGAGGUUUCAUCCCAGUGGAACUUUGCAUUCUAUAAGUUUUUCCUCACCAAAAUUAUUUCUCCCCAGCAAAUUCAAGAAGGAGCUCUUUAAAGGUGGUUAACAAAAUCUGGCUGUCAGAUUUGUAGAUUUUCACAGCUGAGCCCUGUCAUUCCCUGAAUUUUUCUCAAGACAAAACAUGUUUUUUCUUAGACAAGAUCAUGAUAUAGAUCCAUCAACAUACAAACUUCGUGCUGUAACACACAUUUUGGCAAGUACAACCUGUUAAAAAAACAAGCUGGUCUGUGAUUGUUAACAUAUGUAUUUAGUUUAGUUGAAGUAAUUCCCCCAAAAUCAGAAGUCGUUUUUGUCCAGACUUGAUUGAAAGAAUAAAAUUGGAAUAAAACUAGGCCACAUAUAAUCAGCAUCACCACUUUUUUUGUAGGGUAAUGUGUGGGAAAAAAUUUCAAAUGUUUACUGUGUUGCUUUGGUUUUUGAAGUGUGGAAAUGAUCCAGUUUAAGGUGAAUUAGUGAUUCUGAUUAUUUCACAUUACAUCACUGCAACAUAAAGCACAUUUCUCUUCAUAGGUAUGAGAUGUAUGAUUGCCAGGUAUUGUGGGCCAUUAAAGAUGAAACCAUCGGAAAUGCAUUCUUUGAUGAGGGAGCAGCCACUUUCUUUCUUCCCCACAUUGAAACCAACCAACAAGUUUGGAAAGAAAAAAAGAAGUUUAUGACGCAUACUGUGAAGAGAAUGAAGUAUGGUAUAGAGACUGUUGAGAAUAAUAAGCAUGGUUAGUAUUUUUGUCUUUUCCAAAGCUUACUGAAAUUUCACUUAAUCCAGGGACCCACAAAGACCCAAGUUUGUGGUGUAUUGACAUAGUGUACCAGUAUUUCCUAGAUUAAGCACCCAUGCCCCAAUAAGCAUCCCCUCCCAAAUAAACACCCAUCCCCAGGGCCAUAGUGUCAAACAAGCAUCACCCAUCCUCCCUCACUUUCUUAAACAGUAGGGAUUCAAGGAAAACCUGUUUCUAUUGCCACUAUAUUUAUAACUUUUUAAGCUUCAACUAAUAAUAAGCGAGAUAAUUUGGUUUUAUCAACUGAGCUUCUUUGUCUGAUGAAGGGCUAACUCUCGAAACAUCAGCUUUAAAACUCUUUACACUGGCCAAUUUACAUUAACUCAGUUGAUAAAACCAAAUUAUCUUGUUAUACUCCCCCACUGAUGCAGCACCACAGUUUCUUUAGAAACUUACCCCUUUUAAAUAUAAAGCAUCCCCCUCAAUUAAACAACCCUGCAAUACAGUGCAAGUGCCCCUCCUUUUCAGCUAAAAUUUUAGAUAAGGCCUAGGGGCUUAUUCAAGGAAAUGUGGUGCAUGCCAAUAUCACUGUUGUUAAUCAUGUAGAUACAUGUAGCCUUUGUAUUGUGGAAACAUGUGGGUAAUAACUAGUGACAGCCUCUAACCCCUGCCCAGUUUUCUUUGACGAAAACACCUUAAAGUGUUAAACUGAAUAAAGGUUAAGGUUGCAGGAAUUUAUUGAAAUACUGAAAAAAGGCAUUUUUGUAAUGCUGAUUUGUUACAAGAAAUUAUUUAUCCUUGCUGGAACUGAGAUUUAAUUAGGCUUCUUUUAUAUGGGGUUUUUUAUUUACUGGUAUUGCUUGCUUUGGUUUACUUUAAUUUUUGUCAGAAGCCUGUUAUCAUGGAAAUCCCUCCAACACUUUGAGUGGUGGAGCUUUGGGACCUGACUGGUGUUCAGACUUCUCUCUCUGUGGUGCCAGCAGCAAAGAGAAAGGUUACAGACAGGUUCAUGUGGAAUACAAAUGUGAAUUUAAACAACUACUUAACCCUGAAGAAUUAAAAAGGUGUGGUGAGAAAGAGUCACCCUUUCCAUCAAUAAAUGACAGUUUAUUAGAUUCUGCUGAUUGGCCAGUGUAUAUCCAACUUUCAAAUGGAAAAAUAUAUGGCUGUGACUUCAUAGUAUCAGCAACAGGUGUCGUUCCAAACACACAAUCAUUUGUAUCAUGUGCUCCAUUUGACACAGCAGAGGAUGGUGGUCUAUUGGUGAACUCAAAUAUGCAAACUAAUCUUGUAGACAUUUAUGCUGCUGGGGAUGUUUGCACCUUUGGAUGGGAUCCUGCACCUCACUGGUUGCAAAUGAGAUUGUGGAGCCAGGCACGGCAAAUGGGAAUGUUUGCAGCAAAGUGUAUUGCAGCUCAUUUUUCAAAUGAAAAAAUACCUUUGGACUUCUGUUUUGAAUUGUUUACUCAUGUAACUCAGUUUUUUGGAUAUAAAGUUGUUUUGCUAGGAAAAUUUAAUGCCCAAGGACUGGGAAAUGAUUAUGAACUACUUUUGAGAUGUGCAAAGGGUGAUGAGUAUGUGAAAGUUGUUUUGCAUGAAGACAAAAUGUGUGGAGCUGUUCUUAUUGGUGAAACAGAUCUAGAGGAGACCUUUGAAAACUUAAUUUUGAAUCAGACAGAUUUAAGUGCCAUCAAAGAUAUUUUGCUUAACCCUGAAAUUGAUAUUGAAGAUUACUUUGACUAAUAUAAAUGCAUUAAAUUAUCCUAUAAUGUAAAAUUUGAGACUGUCUGGUUAUUUCAAUCCAUACAGAAAUAUUGUGUAAUAGAGUUUAUUGAUCAAGGGAACCAUCCAAGCUGUUCA